GAAAAAGCGGAGACGCCCCUCGAAGUAAGAAGAAUAAUCAUCAAUCGAUUAUUGUGAAGAGAACGAUUGAACGUAAUCGACUGAUUAUGCCAAAAUUUCUCACGAAUCAGAAUGAUUUCUUCAAAUUUGUGAUUCGUCGCAUUAAAGGAAGAAAGAUAUUUAUCUGAACGGAUGCAAAAGGAUAAGCAAAAUGGCGCGCUGUGCCGUCGACGGUGGCUGCCCCAGCGAUUACAUCGCGAUCGCUUUCGCCGCUCUUUGUAUGAUUUUGCUGAUUUCUCGGUCCGUACUACCUUAUGUGAUUUACAAGAUUCCUCUCCCUAAAGGCAGCCGCUUUUGGAUUCCAGUAAUUCAAGUAUUUGCUAGUCUCAAUCUCCUGCUGUCAAUUGUGAUUUCUGUAAGUUUCCUCAGAUUCAAAACGAGGCAAAGGUGGCAGUCGUGCUACAUUUGGGCAGUGUGGGUUGAAGGUCCCCUUGGAUUUGGUUUGUUGCUGAGUGGUCGCAUAACACAGACCUUCCAACUAUAUUACAUUUUUGUAAAGCGGCGUCUACCACCCAUCAGAACAUACGUCUUCCUUCCACUAAUCCUAUUGCCAUGGAUUUCUGGGGCUACAUUUAUCAAUGUCAAGAAGCCUCUAAAUUACAGGUGCCACAUGGGGCCUCGGUGGAUUGUUCCAAUCAUGUCUCUCCAUAUCCUAUAUGUUGCUACUUUAGUUCUACUUACAUGGGCUGUUCGUCAUAUAGAGUUCAGGUUUGACGAACUUAGAGACUUGUGGAAGGGAAUAAUAGUCUCGGCAUCUUCAAUUGGAGUUUGGGUUUCUGCCUAUGUCACAAAUGAAAUCCACGAAGAGAUCUUAGGACUCCAGGUUGCCUCUAGAUUUCUGCUAUUAGUCACGGCAAGUAUUCUUGUGCUGACCUUCUUCUCUAUAUCAAGUUCGCAACCACUGCUUUCUCAAAUUAGUUUGAGAAAAAGGGAAACUCUUGAAUAUGACUCAAUGGGUCAGGCUCUGGGAAUACCAGAUAGUGGAUUGUUACUACAAAGGGAAUCAGAAACAGUCAUAGAUGCUAAUGAACCACUGGAGACAUUACUUCUGAACAAGAGAUUUCGUCAGUCAUUCAUGGCUUUUGCAGACAGUUGUUUAGCUGGGGAGAACGUGCACUUUUAUGAUGAAGUGCAUGAGCUAGGAAAACUACCGUUGGACGACCCUGUGAGAAGGAUCUAUAUGGCAAGACAUAUCAUUGUCAACUACAUAACACCAGGUGCGACUAUGGAGGUGAACAUUUCUCACCGAUGCCGUCAAGAGAUUCUGACGACUUCUAAUCUGGCUGAUCCCAAGCUUUUUAAUAACGCACUAAAUGAGCUAAUACAGUUGAUAAAGAUGAAUCUGGCAAAAGAUUUCUGGUCAUCAAUGUUCUUUCUGAAGUUAAAAGAAGAAACAAGUAUGAGAUCAAAUGGGCGAGACCUCGAACAGAUAACGGGUUGGAACCUCUCUCCUAGAUUGAGUUCCGUACAAGGCACUGAUGAUCCUUUCAACCAAGAGCAAUUUCCAAAGGGCUCUGGCCAUGAUAGUACUCACGACUCAGACCCUUAAGGGUCUAAGAUUUGAAUUCAACACAUCCCUAGUUGUAACUGCAUCAACAUCUCAAGAUUAUUGACUGAUUGGUAGCUGAAAUUAUUUUCUUCUUCUAGCGUCACUCGGGUAGGUCCAAGGGAAACGAAACGGAAUGAAGUUGACGGGGAACUAAAAGUGCUUGGCAGUAAUCUCUCGACGUCAACAGCAAGGCAAAUUCGGAGUAGAAAGCGGAGUGUAGUGGCAAGUAAAUCAUGUGAUUGUCCUCAUCUUUUUAAAGAAAUAAAACGAAAGCUUGUCUUGUUUAUGACCACCUCGAUGUCAAAGGGAUGCACUGUGAGCAAUUAAUGUCUCGGAGGAUGCAGAUGUAUCAUCUUGGUUCUUGGGUUCGAUACUCUAGUGGUCCUUCCCUAAAAAGUAAUGGCAUGGCUGCUUUCAUCUUGCAGGAAAGAUGGCAACUUUAUAUGAAAUAAAGCACUGAAGCUGGACAGGUGGAGGACUGAAUCACGAACUGGACCCACCUAUUUUUCAAGAACCACCCAACUUUUAGGUACAAAAUUUAAGAGAGUACAUAAAUUUCAUAAAGUUAUCUUCCAACUUUUUCUUUCUUACUGCAGUUAAGAGUUGUUUGUAUGACAUUACCUCAAAUGUUAUUUGAUGAACAAAAUUGAUCAAAGCUUGAACUCCACAGAAAUUACCAUUACCUCAAAUGUUAUUUUA